CUGGUCCACCUGUCUGACAGAUAGAAACAGGGGAGCAGGUGAACACUGAACAGAUUGCCUGUUGCAGUUCAAUCAGUGGAUCUUUUGUGUCAACUCUUACUAUUUUGUCCUCAAAAAGAGUUUUAAGAUGCCUUUCGACUUAAGCGGAGGCAAACCUAGGAAGGCAAUCAGCUGUCAGUCAGAUGGAAGAACAUUUGAGGAGUUGCGACGGGAAUGCCUACAAAAGAAUGAGUUGUUUGAGGAUCCUGACUUUCCUGCAUGCGACUCAAGCCUUUUCUACAGUAAAAGUGUCCCCAUAAAUUUUCAAUGGAAGCGACCCCUGGAUAUCUGCCAAGACCCAAAAUUCAUCUUGGGUGGAGCUAGUCGGACAGAUAUCUGCCAAGGACAGCUGGGUGACUGCUGGUUGCUGGCAGCCAUUGCUUCUUUGACUCUCCAUAAGGACACACUGACCAGAGUGGUGCCUCAUGACCAGAGUUUUAAUGACAGAUAUGCUGGGAUCUUUCACUUCCAGUUCUGGCAGCACAACCAGUGGCUAGAUGUGGUUGUGGAUGACAAGCUGCCCACAGUACGGGACCGCCUGGUGUUUGUCCACUCAGCUGACAACAACGAGUUCUGGAGCGCCCUGCUGGAGAAGGCCUAUGCCAAGCUUCAUGGGAGUUAUGAGGCGCUGAAGGGGGGCAGCACCCUGGAGGCCAUGGAGGAUUUCACUGGGGGUGUGGGGGAAAUGUAUGAGACAAAGAGUGCCCCUGAUAACCUCUUCCGCAUUCUCAAGAAGGCUCACGAACGAGGGUCUAUGCUGGGCUGCUCCAUUAAUAUCACCAGCUCUGCUGAAUCCGAGGCACGCACAUCCACAGGUCUGGUUAAGGGGCAUGCCUACUCCAUCACAGGCCUUGAGGAGGUGAAUUACAGAGGAGGGAAGAUCAAGCUCAUUCGAGUCAGGAACCCUUGGGGACAGGUGGAGUGGAAUGGGCCCUGGAGUGAUGACUCCAGAGAGUGGAGCAUGAUUGACGCAUCGGAGAAGAACCGUCUCCUGCAGAAGUCAGAUGAUGGAGAAUUCUGGAUGGAGUUUGAAGAUUUUAAGGCCAAUUAUGACAAGAUUGAGAUCUGCAACCUGACUCCAGACUCGCUGACAGACGACACAAAGCGAAAGUGGGAGACAACCAUGCUUGAGGGUUCUUGGAUCCGAGGGUCUACGGCAGGGGGCUGCCGCAACUUCAUUGAUACCUUUUGGACCAACCCACAGUUCAAACUGAAACUGGAAGAUGCAGAUGAUGAUGAUGAUCAGUGCAGCGUCAUUGUGGCCCUGAUGCAGAAGAACAGACGCAAGCUGCGCUCUGAAGGUCUUGACCUGGAGCCCAUUGGAUUUGCCAUCUAUGAAGCCCCUGAUGAUGAGGAUCAGCCGGGAAAAGAUUUCUUCCGUUACAAUGGCUCAAAAGCCAGGAGCAAGACCUACAUCAACAUGAGGGAGAUCUCUGAGCGCUUCGAGCUUGCCCCAGGGAAUUACCUCCUGGUACCAACUACCUUCCAACCACAUCACGAGGCAGACUUCAUGCUCAGGAUCUUCUCUGAAAAGCAGGCUGGCACCCAGGAGAUGGGAAACACAAUUGAUGCUGACCUGCCAGAUCCUCCUGCACCCAACCCACCUGAGGAGGAGACCAAUGAGGAGAAAGGACUGAGGAGGCUCUUCGAACAGAUUGCUGGCUCAGAUCAAGCAAUCAGUGCAAGAGAGCUUCAACAAGUUCUGAAUGGAGUGCUGAUGAGAAGGAAGGAGAUCCAGUUUGAUGGUGUUAGUCUGAACACCUGCCACAGCAUCAUUAACCUGAUGGAUAUUGACUGUUCUGGGAUGUUAGACUUUCAAGAGUUCAAGAUUUUGUGGGAUAAACUGAAGAAAUGGAUCAUGCUGUUCCUGUCCUAUGACACGGAUAGGUCUGGAUGUAUGUCUUCUUACGAGCUGCGUCUUGCUCUUAAAGCGGCAGGAAUUAAACUCAACAACAAGCUGCUGCAGUUGCUGAGCCUGAGGUUUGCUGACUCCAACUACAACAUUGACUUUGAUGACUACCUGACCUGCAUUGUGCGCCUGGAGAACAUGUUUAGGGUUUUCCAAGCAAUGGACAAGGCCAAAAGAGGAGUGGUUUCCAUGAAUUUCCAACAGUUCCUGUCUUGGACCAUGAAUGCCUGAAGAACCAUCUGAGGAAAUUAGAAGAUUAGAAAAGGAAAUUAAUAUGACAGAAACUCUCUCUUUAAAUGGCAACAAUGUCUAUAUCUGCUGAAACUAACAAAAUAAUUCAUACACAGUAAUUGUGCUGUCUGUCCGAUUUAGUGUAAUGCUAACCAAAUUUCAACCCUGAGAUUUCUGAUUCAAAUGUAACACACUGUAUACUGUAUUUUCCUCUGUUCUGUUGCAAUGAAAGUUAUUUUCUGGGUUCUUAUUUUUGGUGGAUUCCUGUAUAUUCAAUGCCAUUGCCGCAAGACAUUUUUAUUGUUUGGCACAACAAAAAAGGUAUGCCUUGUCACAAUUUUACAAUAAAGACAAAAUUGUUUUAUUCAGCAAA